AGGCGGGGCGCCCGGGACCUUAAGGGUCGUGGCCGCUGGCCUCUAGCCUUGUCCCUGCGCUGCCAUGGCCGAGGCCCGCGCCGCCGUCCGCCUGCGCACCGUGCUCGGGCACCUGGGCCUGCCCGCGCCCGGGGCCGCGGUAGCUCACCCCACUUCAGGGGCUCUUUCCCCUGCCCGUGUCCAUCCUCAACAAUUCCAAUAUACUCUGGAUAACAAUGUUCUAACCCUGGAACAGAGACAGUUUUAUGAAGAAAAUGGGUUUCUUAUCAUUAAAAAUCUGGUGUCCGAUGCUGACAUUCAACGCUUUAGGAAUGAAUUUGAGAAAAUCUGCAGAAAGGAGGUGGAGCCAAUAGGAUUAAUGAUCAUGAGAGAUGUGACCAUUGCAAAAUCAGAAUAUAUUCCAAGUGAAGAAGUGGUUUCAAAAGUCCAGAAUUUCCAGGAAGAUGAGGAGCUCUUCAGAUACUGCUCUCUCCCUGAGAUUCUGAAAUAUGUGGAGUGCUUCACUGGACCCGAUAUUAUGGCCAUGCAUGCCAUGCUGAUAAACAAGCCUCCAGAUUCAGGCAAGAAGACAUCGCGCCACCCCUUGCACCAGGACCUGCACUACUUCCCCUUCAGGCCCAGCAACCACAUCGUGUGCGCGUGGACGGCCAUGGAGCACAUCGACCGCAGCAACGGCUGCCUGGUGGUGCUCCCCGGCACGCACAAGGGGCCCCUGAAGCCGCACGGCUACCCCGCCUGGGAGGGAGGUGUUAAUGCCAUGUACCAUGGGAUACAGGACUAUGACAGAAACAACGCCCGUGUGCACCUGAUGAUGGGGAAGGGGGACACCGUCUUCUUCCACCCGCUGCUCAUCCAUGGGUCGGGCCGGAACAAAAGCCAAGGGUUCCGGAAGGCCAUCUCCUGCCACUUCGCCGGAGCCGGUUGCCACUACAUUGACGUGAGGGGCACCAGCCAAGAAAACAUCGGGAAGGAAAUUAUGGCAGCCACAGAUCGACAUUUGGGGAUUAAAUCUCACGCCAGCCUGCAGGAUAUCUGGAGGUUUCAAGCUCGGCUUGUGAAAGGAAGAAGAAUCAACCUUUGAAGUAGCCCUUUUCUGGAACGCUUUUAAAAAGAAACCAGGAGAAAACAAGCUGUCUAAGAAGAAUGUUUGCCUAAUAAGAAGAUGUGAUUCUUUUCUUUUGCUUGCUAACAAAACCAAAAAACAUGUAGCAGGGACUUAAUUGCAAACGAUGAAUUCAUUUUGCUGUUCAGUGAUUUGGCUUUGACUGACAUAAAAAUAGUAAAAGUGAGAUAUAAUUGAUUUAAAGGGAACUGACUUAGGGUUACAACUAAUAAAAGGUGACUGGUGCAGAA